AUGGUUCCAGUGGCCAAAGCGAAAGAGAAGGACGUGACGAAGCAGGAAUUUAAUGCGCGAAUCAUGCAACUGAAGGCAAAUUUCGAGGUUCAGGUGUCAGCUAUUGCACUUGAGUUUUCACGCCGUGGCCAUCACUAUUCCCAGCGCCAGAUCCGAAACCAAGUGAUCUAUAAAUUAUCAAAACCUAAGAAGACGCGUAAGCCCACAAUGCCCAACGCAUGGGCCCAUGCACAGGCAGAGGCAGAACGUUUGAAAGGUAAGGAAUUAACUUACAUGAGCAAGAGGGGCGUGUGCUUACGGAGUACUCUAGAAGGGGCAUUGCCUAACCUGCCUUACAAGGAGGAGUACCUGAAAGUACUCGAGGACAUCAAUGGGGGGAAACUCGCAUACGAGGACGUCCAAAAACCCAUGACAUCAGAGGAAGAGUACACUUCCCAGGUUAUUCUGGACGGCGUUAUGGUUAAAAGGCACAAUCGCGCGUUGAAAGAGACGAUAAUCUCACCAGAGUUAUCCAUGAACUCUAUUGCAAUCCAUGCGCGGGACCAACUACUGAGCAUAUCAUGCGGCGUUGAGGUGCUCGUGUUGAUGACUCGAGGCCACUCAGAGGACUUAUUUGCGCCAGUCGUCUGGGGAACAGAUAAGGCCAAAGCCUUCUGGGCAGCUGUAGCACAUGUGGAUAUGGGAGUACAGAUUCGCCUCAUGGAGGCCCAUGUAGUUGGUAAAUUAGAAACUAUGGUCCAGGGAUAUAAUGCAACAGCCGCGGCCAUGCGUGAAGAAAUAGCCAAGGUAACUAGGAUAAGUCUCCGUGGCAAACUGAUCGAACCGAAGCUUGCACGCGCCGACCACAUGCGUGAGGUACUCAAAGGAUGGAAGGAUGGCCAGAUUAAGUGGGUCGAAUUGACAGAAGAUCAAGUUGAAAAGAGGCGUGAAGAGCUAGCUGCACUCACCGCGAUAGUCAACCCCAAUGAGACUGCCCGCUCUAUUGCGACAGAUGGCGAGGACGAGGAGAAUAACAUUGGGUCAGCGAAUAUCCCUUCAGGAUCUGCGGCCCCGGCUGUCACCCCAUCUCCUCUCCAACCUAACGCCACUCAGGCCCCAAUAGUGACAAGUGGAAAGGCAGCGACUGCUACCCGAGGUCGCAAACGUAAAGCACCGCAAAAUUCGAACCCCCGAAAGAAGAAACAGCCAGCGUCUGCUGUUGCGUGCUAGAGAGGACGGAAAUUGGUGAGGGAUGAAGUUUUCCCGACACGUGUCAAACGUUG